UAGUUUUUUUAUUCGAGCUGAAUCUGCCCCAUCUAACGAUAUUAUAUCAUAUAUAAAGUUACUAAUUUUAGUUUUCAGUCAGGAAUGUCUAAGGUGAACGUGACGUCAGAGUAAAUAUAUUAAAUUUCACGGAUGUUUGAUUUCUAUCUUUUCGCAUAAAGUGAUAUUUGACGAUCUGACUUUUAAACAUAUUGUUUUAGUUUCAUGUAAUUUUGAAGAGGAAAAUGUAGACGUGAAGCUUGUUUCUGUCACGUGAUCGCGUUGCCAUGGCAGCGCCUCAUGUUGCUAUUCCCGCAGAUCUGCGGUUCGCUUCGCGUCGCUAAAACCUGCGGGGUUUGAAUCUGCAGCUGCUGUGGAGCCGAUCGGUGAAAUAAGAUGCCGCCGAAGAACCGAAACAAGAAGUCCGGGAAAGGGAAGCCCUCCGCGGGGGUGGACGCUCUGUCCACGGAGGAGAUGUCCAAGGACCAGCUGGAAGAGCAGGUGGUGCGGCUGCGGGAGGAGCUGGACCGGGAGCGCGAGGAGCGGAGCUACUUCCAGCUGGAGCGCGAUAAGAUCCGCGGCAUGUGGGAAAUCUCCCGGCGGCGGCUGGAGGAGGCGGAGGCGGAGCUGAGGGACGGCGUCCGGCAGAGGGACGAGGCCGCGGAGCGCCACCGCGUGGAGAUAACGGUCUACAAGCAGAAGCUGAAGCACGUCCUGUCUGAGCAGCACAACGCAGUGUGUGAGAUGAAGACGGACGCCGUCUCCUCUUCCUCGCUGCUCCGGAACCGGAACGGCGGGUCGGAGCUGGAUCUGCAGCGGCAGCUCCGGGAUCUGCAGGCGGCCGGCGAGCAGAAGACGAUCCGGGAGCACAACGCCGCCAAGGAGCUGCAGCUGAAGCACCAGGCGGAGCUGAUGAGGCUCGGUAACGAGUACGAGCGGCAGAUCCACGAGCUGGAGAUGAGUUUCCUCCAGAGGGCGCACGCCUCGACGCAGGCGGAGGACAGGAAGCGCCGCGCAGCCGUCAGUGAGGUGGAGCAGCGGAUGAAGAGCCGCAUGGAGUCGCUGAUGGAGGAGCAUGACAGAGUCCUACGCAAAGGAGAGGAAUACUUCUCCCAAAUUCAGAGGAACCAGCAGGAGGAGCUGGACAGGUGGAAGCUUUCAGGAAGUGAAGGAGUGACCCCGGUUCUCCUGGGACUUUCUGAGUCUGAAACGUGUUUCCAGGAGAUCCUGGAGUCCAAACGGACCGCCAUGGAGGCUCUGCAGCUGGACCUGGACCAGGGCACCCAGCUGCUGCGCCCCCUGCAGGAUGAUGUGGAGGUCGCUGUUGUCCCACCGCUCCGCUCUCCCACCAGACCAGCCGAGCCGGUUCUAGAGGAACCUGGACUGGACCGCUGGUGACCAGGAUGGAUCCGACUGUUCAUGUUUUUCUGCUGAACUCGGAUCAAUUCGGAACCAGAAACCUGAUGCUGCUGCUGACAUCAUCAACAGCUUUCUCACCGCUGCGCCUCGAUCGCCCCAACCCAUCCAACCACUGCUGGUUAGGCCCCGCCCCCUCCCUAGAGCUUCCUGUGUUUAAGUCAUCAUGAAAUAAACUGAUGUCACAUCUGA